UUAUUAUUUCAAUAAUAGACAAUUUUACUUGAUUUUUAUAGUAUGAGAAAAUCCAUUUAUCAAUUUUGAUAAAGUCAUUAGUUAAGUAUUUAAUGUUUACAUAGUGCCAGUGUUAAAAUCCAUUACUCGCCACUUCCAGUUGGCAUUAUUUAAAUAAUCUUUUUAGAGAUCGAUUGUAAGCAAUGACAAACAAAAAUUAUUGUGUCUGGAAUUUUGUACGUAAUCGGUGACACUGAAAAAUGCUAUUACGUGACCAUGCAAGUGUAUCACGGGUCAGUGUAGUUCCCCUGUCCGUGAACUUUUCUAUCUAUACUCGAUACUGAAUGCCAACGUGAGAAGCAUACUCGUGAUCGUUAAGACCGAUGUCUGAGAACUGACGCAAGUGUCGACGGAAAUUAUAGAGAUAAACGUGCAGAAGCGAAACAGAAAGUAUCGUCAUUCACCUCACCCCACGCAUCAGGCAUAGAGUCUUAGCAAAUAGGUUCGGAAUAGAUCUCACUUUGACCCGUAUAAUUAGCUCUUAUUGUGCGGAGUUACGUAGAAUCACUUGACUCAAUUCCGCGAUCACGAUAUCAGCCUAGUCCUGAUUGGUUAUCCGCGCUCGUAGAAGGAGGCAAAACGGUCACGAAGCUCAAAGCUCAGAGCUCGAAGUCCUUCAAAGAGGAUACGUCCACUAAGAUGAUCCUCAUUCGCAUACGACCCUUGUACACCACUUAUCGAUUCUUCAUAUCCAUACUUCCUCUCCAUUGAGUACAGUAUCUAUCAGACCUCCGAAAUUGUCUCUAUAAACGUUCCACCAAGCCAUUCUCUGAACAUUCAUUCUCAAGGAAGAAUCCUUCGCUUGAAGAGAUCGAUCAGCGCCGAUAGAGGUUACAUUAAUAGAAACUUUCACAGUAUCGAGACUGGGUCACGCCUGUCAUCGAGACACUUCCAACCGCUCUUUGUUUAAACAGCGAAUUGACUCCGCAAUUGUCGCGUCGUAAUCAAAACGAACUUCGCGGAACAUGUCAGUGCCGAUUGUUCGUCGGCCGAGUGCGUAUCCAGCUGCGAGCCACGAUGGAGAAGAACUGCGGCCAAGCCGACGCGUCUGACCUCAGGCUGCGCGUCAGGCAGCUGCUUACUGCUCUGAGUCCUCUGUUGGGCAUCUUCUUGGUCGGUUUGGCGUCGGGAUACAGCGCCGUGCUCCUGCCUCAACUGAAAGUCUCGACCGAUGACGAGGACUUCGAACGACCCACCGUCAACGAGCAAUCCUGGAUAGCCUCUUCGCCGAUCCCGUCGAUGGCGCCCGGAUGUUGGCUAUCCGGCGUGAUGCUAGAGAAGAUAGGCAGGAGGAAGUCCACGGCGCUGGCGUACCCUCUGUUCUUCAUUGGAUGGACGACGAUCGGUUUUGCCCCCGACAUCGCGAGUCUUCUGGUCGGAAGAAUAAUCACCGGCUUCUGUUCCGGGAUCAUGGGCGCCGUGACGCCUAUCUACAUCGGCGAGACGUCGGACCCCGACCUACGCGGCAUGCUGCUGAACAUGGUCAUCCUAACCCUGUCGUUCGGGAUCCUAGCCGUCCACGCUCUGGGAACUUGGCUCUACUGGAGGACGACGGCGUACAUCUGCGCGGGAUUCGCGGCUAUCAGUUCGCUGAUUUGCAUCGCAGCCAAGGAGAGUCCCACGUGGCUGAUAAACAAAGGUCGUACGGAUCAAGCACGGGAGUCAUGGAUAUACUUACGCGGAUGGAAGUCAUUGGACGAGUAUCAGGCUUUGGAGAACUCCAGAACUCGGGGACGAAAGACGGUGAAACGUUCGUUCUAUGUCAAGCUGAGGACGACCUUCACGUCUAGAUUCUUUCUGUGGCCUUUAGGGCUGAUGUGUCUGUUCUUCUUCACUGCUCAGUUCUCGGGGUACAACGUCGUGGUUUAUUACUCUGUGGAGUUGCUGAUGGAAGUGACUGGACCUGAAAAUGCUCACGUCGGUACCCUAGUGGUGGACGUGAUACGGCUGGUCACUAGCGCCAUUACUUGUUACCUGAUCAAGAAGAGGAGCAGGAGGACGAUGACCUUCGUGUCUGGAUUCGGCUCGGCGAUUGCGUUGUUUCUCUUGAGCCUCUCUAUUUACUUCGAAUUUGGAAAACCUUGGUGCUCGUGCGUCGCCCUGCUUUUGUACAUAGUGUUCUCGACGAUGGGUUUGUUGCCGCUGCCGUGGAUACUCACCGGCGAGCUGUUUCCUAGGAAGUUGAAAGGCUUGGGCUCUGGGAUCGCGACUGGAUUCUCAUUCAUGUCCACGUUCGCGGUGGUGAAAAUCGCGCCGGGGAUGAUUCUGUCGCUGCAGCAAUAUGGAACGUUCGCGAUUUACGGACUCGUGGCGCUGGUAGGCACUUGUAUUUUGUAUCUGACGCUGCCAGAGACGAAGGAUAAGACGUUGCAGGAGAUCGAGAUGUUUAUGGCUAGGAAGACCAACAGGGUGGACGUUAAGAGCGCUGAACAGGCGGACGAUAGAGGAAGUAAUUAGCCUCGUGGCUGUGUUCAGAGAUUUUUGAGAGAUUUUUGGCUGUACGUGUGUAGAGUUUUUGGUGGUUUGGAAUUGAAUUAAGAGGGAUUCCAGCGAUUUAAUAAUAGGGAUGUUUGGUUAGAGAAUGUUUGUAUGUAAAGUAUGUAAAGAAUAGCAAGUGCUGUUCGAGUUGAAACUGUUUUUGUAAGUUGAUGAAGAUGGUGUCCUGUUUGGAAGAUUAAAAUGUUUAUUAGAAUUAGUCUUGUAGGGGCUCUUGUAGGGACAGUUGCUCAAGCAGGAAUCAAGUUUGAUAAUAAAUGAAUUAACAAUCCAUGCACUAUUGAUUUAACCCAUUCACUGCCUGGCAAAUUUAAAGUGUUUUGCCUUGUACGCCCAUAUUUAAUACAGAUGUGUAAUCUAGUUUCUUAUUCUGAUAAUAAAAAGUGAUAUUAAAUUUGUUGUUCAAAAGAAAAAAAUAUACAGUCUUCUUUUGCAAUAAUUCGCAACUCAGAAGGCUAUAAACUUAUCCCUCGAGUGAUUGUGAUUGAUUUCUACUAAAUCUCGAAGUGAAUGGGUUGAAUAUAUUUUUAGAAACGUAAAAAAACUUUUAAUUUUGCAAUCUGUAACUGUUGCAUCAUUUCAGUUCCCGUGACUGCUUUCAGCCCCUAGUUUAUUCUCGCUGCUCGUUCCAGCGAGAUGUCUCUUCGCGUCUUCCCGAGCACCUGGUCGAACAGCCGCGUUAAAGGCAAUAUUAUGUCGGUAAUAAGCGCAAUCAUAUUUAACCGCAUCCUAAAUGCUUGGCCCCCGUCGUCGGCCGAGAACGACAGUGCAUACAUUAUACCCCCAUAGUUAACUAAAACGACUGAAUAAUGGAGGAUGCGCCGACGGAAACAGCACGAGCAAUAGAAAUUUAAUAACGGACGUUGCUAACGCGCGCAAAAUGCCACCGUAAAGUGGAAACGUUCACGUGAUCAUUGCGCUGGACCACUUAACGCGGCUGACGCAAAUUGGUGUUUGCAUUGCGUCGACGUCGUCUCCGAUCUGCAACGCGUGGCAAUCGGCUAGAUUGUUUGCGAAUUCUGUAACGCGCGAUGCCAAUGAUCUCUUGAUCGCGUAUGUCAUUAGGGUUAUCGUGUUGAUGAUCGCUGUACUUAGCACUAGCUCGUGGUACGAGUUUAGACGAUCUGUCUGAGACCUGUCUCCUUAGACUAUAAUUUUACAAUAUUUGAGAUUUUUUGGGGGAGAAUGUUAGACAUUUCGAUUUGAAACUUUGUGGAUAUUCAUACUCGUGUUUCGUCAAGUUGCAAGAAUUUUUUCGAGUAUAAUUAAUUGAGUUUGUUGCGAAGUAAAGGUAUAGUUUAUUAGAAAGUGACUGUGUAUGUUGAGCAUUCUAUCGAGUAUGUCAUAUCGAAACUUUGCAGUUAAUAAUAUAUUACGUAUGUAUUGUAAUACAGUGACUGUUAUGAUGCUCAACAAAACUUUGAAGUCUCUGCGACCGCAGUUUACUAAUUAGUGCCAAGUGUACUGUACUCAUUGGUCUUUCCAGGAUAGAUUAGUUCGUUUGUCCUUUCUCUUUUAUUACUUUAAUCCUGCGACAUCAAACGCUGGAAAUAGUCACGUGAUGUUACAGCCUUAAUCUUUUAGUCCUCUUACAAAUUUCAGUGUUCCCUGCUUCUUCUUCUGGAGGAUAAAUUAUUCAUCUGUUUUUAGAAUGACUGAUGAAAGUACAAUAUUAGUAAGAUCAUUAACGUAAUAAACCUCAUAUUAAUUAUAAUUAUGAAUGCAACGUAAAGUAAUAAUUUUAAACAAAAUUAGCUUUAUUCCACAGCAUGCAAUUACCCACUAGUUCAUUUAAUUCGAAGUCUGCCUAGAUAAAAUAUGAAUGUUCAUUAGAAUAAUGCAUAAUUGUCGCUCGUUACGCUCGACUGAAUUAUAAUCGUGAUCGAUAAUUACAUAAAAAUAACCAUUGCAGACGAUUCACGCUACACAGAACCAAUUUCAGCGCAUAUAAAUUGUUGCCAAGAGUCCUGUUACCCUUUAUGAUUUUAAUUUCAUCUCAACGCCCUGCACUCCUUCUCGUUACUUUCUUUUUCCAUCGCCACCAACGAGUCUCAGGUAGAUGCUUUAUCAAAAGCACGCGAAGGGAUCAUUAUGUUCGAAAUUUUACCUUCUUCACACAAGGUAUUAGCGCCGAGUUUUCUUCUUCAUUUUUAAUGAAGUCUGUCGCGAGUCCGUGUCGCGCAACAAAUUUUGUUAAGGGAAAAAUAUUAGGUUUCACGGUGACUUUUCCUAAUGAAAACGGUCUUUUUUUUACGUUGAGUCAGGUGAGACCACGAACGACGUCGUUUCACCUAUCAUUUUGCUUACGAAGGGAGAGUAUUCUUAAGAAUUUAGUAUAGGUUAACGAGUUAGUAAGAUAUUAAAAAUAGUAGAAUUAGAUUGUUCUAGGAAGGUUCUUAAUUAAUGACUUUCAUAUACCACUUUAGCAUCUUUGCAAGUAUGUUAUUGUUCUCACAGUUUUUGAGCAAUCGCGUUUAUUGUAUAAAAAUACCCUAGAAAAUAUUGCUGUGAUUAAGUAUUUCUUUUAUGUACUUCUUAUUAAUUACAACAUUUUUUAAACAUAAAA